GCCGCGCUGCCACUGGGGCCUGGACUCUCAUCCGUUUUCACUUAUCUUCCCAUUCUGGAAACAAUUUUCGGGGACAUACCAGCUUAUUUAAAAUGGUUUCAAUGGAUUAUUCAAAACUGUUCAUAGGGAGAGUAGGUUAUAUAAAUCUAGAACAAACCAGAAGUUUUGUCAUUUUUAGACCCCAAAAGAUCAAAUGGCAAGGGUUAAUAGGCAUUUACUGGAAACUUAUUAGAAUGAGUUACAACAAUUAUCAGAGGAGAAGCAAUUACUGGGAGAGAGACAGUGCGGAGAGAGAUCCUUCCGGCCAAUUAGCCAGUGCAGUGAGUGCCCCUGUGAGCGCAGUGGACAUUCACAGGACAGAGCGGAGCGCCUGCAAAGUCCUAAUGAAAGCAGCCCAUCAAUAGCCCCUCCAUUCCUGGGAGAGCGUAAUGACAGUGUCCCUCCAGCGCUGGAAGUUGGAGAUGUAUAACGCGAGCGGCUGCCCUAAAGGAGCGACUACUGGUGCUGAAACCCUGCAUGGCCAAAUCAGACACCUGUGUCACCACUGCUGACCACACCCAAUCUGCACUCCUGGGAGUUGGUUAAACCGGACAUAGCCAUCACACACUCUCUCCAGAUACUGACCUGAGACUAUACUUCUGUGUCAUCCACUGUCGCUCACAAGGGUCAAAAUGAGUUGCUUCACAUUUCUCAAGGUUAUGAUGAUUUUGUUCAACUUCAUUAUCUUUGUGCUUUUUCCCCCUCUCUCUGACACAACAUUCCCUGCACGUGGCAUUUCAUCAAAGGAUUACCCAGCUAAAAAAAGAGAAUGCCAGAGUUGGCGGGUGGGACCCUUCUGGCCGUAGGGAUAUGGGUGACUGUGGAUGGGAGCUCCUUCCUCAAGUUGCUGGGGCCCUUCAGGGUGGAGGCCCUGCUGUUUGUCAAUGUGGGCUACUUCUGCAUCGCCAUGGGGGCACUGCUGGUGCUGCUGAGCGUGCUGGGCUGCUGCGGAGCCCACAAGGAGAGCAAGUGUCUCCUCAUCACGUUCUUUUCCAUCCUCAUGCUUAUUUUCAUCGCCGAAGUUGCAGCUGCAGUUGUCGCCCUGGUCUACUCCUCAGUUGCAGAGGACGUGCUCAUAUCAAAGGUGAAACCAACUCUGCUGGACCACUACGGCAAGGACCCAAAGGUCACAAAGGUGUGGGAUGCCAUGAUGUCUCAGUCAAAAUGCUGCGGUUUCAGCAACUACACAGACUUCUCAAACUACAGCCAGAAUGGCGACAGCUACCCAUCAGCCUGCUGUAGUGCUCACAAUGCCACCUGCAGUCAGGAGGCUGCAUAUCAGAGUAAUGUUAAGGGGUGCUUUGAACUGCUGUCAGUCAUAAAGAAGGAUGCAAAUAUUGUUGGGGGAAUAGCUGCUGGAGUCUGUGCUCUGGAGGUGGCAGCUAUGGGUGUGUCUAUGUACCUGUACUGUCAGUUGGACAAAACCACAAGAUGACACUAACUUUCUUUAAUGCUAUGAUGAC